UAUGCUACCUCGAACAGAUUCACUGAUAACUACACUCCUUCUGAUAUUCAUAUCUCUACAGCACACUAAAGCUUAUGUCGUCGCCAACAGUAUCAAUCAAACCAAAACAGGUAAUCAGUCCAGGUUACUUGUUGGAGAAUACACUUAUUUGCAAUGCUUAAGGAUAUACAGUGAAGCUAAUUGUAAUGGUUUUUGGUCUGAUAUGUGUAAUUCUAAUGAAUUAUUGUCACCAUUUCAAAUAUGGACUACACUAUCAAUGUGUGCUCCACAAAAUGUAUGGUAUAAACAAGCAAGAUAUUGGCUAGCAUAUGAACAACCUGGAUUCGUGGGUUCAUAUCUUUUCCUUAACCCUGGAGACUGCAUAACUAAUGUAAGGCAAUAUGGUUUAAGAUCAAUUGCUUCAAUCCUUGAAUGUGUACAACUCUCUCUAUUUUCACCUUAUCCAUCUUUAACUUGUAAUUAUCCCCAACCCCCAUGGAGACGAUACUAUAUAAACACUAACACGGCGAAUACAGGACAACAGCAACCACAAGCAAAUUCACCUCAGUCACUACAAGAAAGUCAAAAUGGACAAUCGAUGAGAGUGGUUAAUUUGAAUGAUAUAUUUAUGGGUAGUUUAAAUGCUCCUGGAAUGCAAAAACAGAAAUAA